CUCCGUCGUCCGUGAUUGGGCUGCCUACACCGGAGAUGACGCCGACCACUGAGGGCCGCGAGGCUGUCCUGAGCACCAUUAGGAACGAGGAGAUGGAGCAGUUUCUUGUCAAGGGCCCGUCGCGUCCACUAUCAACCAGCGAGCAGCACUUUCUUUUUCAGGCACAUGCCACGCUGGUGCAGCGUAUCACCGAUCUUGAGCGUGCGCUCGCGUCUCGUUCCAGCCGUUCCUGGUCCCGCCCCGCCUCGUGUGCAUCGGACGUCUCUUCGGCUGUCUCCGCCCUGAGUGAGCCGAGCGACGAGAUGCUGCUGCUGAUUGCAGACCUGAAGGCAGAGCGCGACGAGCUCAAGAGAGAUGUGGAUGGCUGGCGUGUGCGUGUGGGCGAUCUCGAGCGCCAGGUGAGCGUAUUUGCCAAGCGCGUCGAGGUCGAGCGCCGGGACGCCUGGGUUGCGCGCGAGCGUGUCGGGCUACUGGAGGUCGAGAAGACUACGCUGGAGCAGGUGCUGCGCGAUAAGGCGGCGGAGAUGCAGGAGUGCCAAGUGCAGGCUGAGCAGGCCAAGGCCAGAGUCCAGAAGGCUGAGGCUGAGUGCGAGAAGCUGAAGGAGCAGGUGCAGAAGUCACGCAGUGCGGAAGAGGAGUGCGUACAGUUGAAGGCGGCACUUGAAGAGGAGCGCAAGAAGCGGGAGCAGCUGGAGAAAGAUCUCGAGCAUGCCGGGCUCAUGGACACCCCUCGCGCGUAUGAGCACACCUUCACGCAUACGUUCAAAGGCAUCUCGCGCACGAUGAUGUUUGCGAAGAAGCGCGGCCUCGGAUUCCAGUCGAUGGACUCAGAGAGUUCGUUUACGGACGUUGAGUCGGUCGACACGCCCAACGAGAAGCUUGAGUUCGGACUGAACGCCGUUGCAGAGGAAGACGAGGAGACGUUGUCCAAUUACUCCGAGCAGGACGAGCUCGCGCGAUUCGAGGAGGAGGAAGAGGGCGAUGCGGAUGUGUUCCCACCUUCGAUGUCUGCAUCGUCCUUUGGUUCCGAGAGUGACCCCCACUCGCCGCCCGUGCUGCACAUCGAGAUCGCCGAGCAGGCCCCGGAACUGACGCGCUCUACCACGUCGUCGCCGUCUCCCCUACCGUCUCCGGUCGAGCAGACCCACCAGCGCCGGGUCUCGCUCUCGAAGACAUGGACGUUCCCAUCUGGCUCUGGGCUUAUUCCUAUUGUGAGCCAGAAGGAGGAAAUCGACCACUUCUUUGGCUGCCUUGAGGAUGUCGACAACUCCCCUCCCCUGCAUGCACGCGUGCACUCUUUGGACAGCGCCAAGAAUCUGUUUGCGCAGGCAUUCGCUGAUGAUGAUGACGACGACCUUCCGCCUUUCGUCCUACCAGCUGAUGUCGGCGUCGAGGUUCCUCCCGAGAUCAAGGAAGUGCCGAAGCAUGUGCUGGAUGUCGUCGUCGAGGAGGAUGAAGAAGAAGAGGAAGAAGACCAGAAGACCAUCGACCCCGACGACGAGUUUGAGGGCGAAGUCUACGAAGGCGGUAUCAAGUUCACGUUCACUGUGCCGCCCGAGUACCAGCAGAACCUUGAGGCUACUGUUCCAUCCACGCCGGUAGCCCAAAAGUCACCUCCUGUGAUCGACCCAUUCGAGGAGGAAGACAGUUCGUUCACCUUCCCUCAGGCCCGUUCUCGUCAAGGUAGUGUUUCUCCGUCCUCUAUUCCGCGUUUGGCGUCCGCAAAGAGCUCUUCAAUUCCUGUGUCUAGCGGGACGCCGGUCAAGUCGGUACUCACGAACCGCAGCGAUAAUAUACCCUCGGCGUUCAUGACACCUCCUAAUAAACGUGGGGGUGCGACUAGCAAGUUCAUCCCGCAGCCGUGGACUCAGACGGGUUCCCCACUCAAGUCUCCCACUCGUCCGAACGCAAAGGCUGCGUCGUUCAUCCCGCAGCCCCGUCGUGUCUCUUCCCCUGCGAGGCCCUCUGCCAUCCCUGUCAUGAGCCCGCCAACCACCGCAUCGAGCUCUUCCUCCAGAUCCACUCGCACCGUCACGUCCAGACCGCCCUCUGCAUCCCCUCGGAUGGAGAGCCACACUCUUCCAGAACCUGCCACGCCAUCUCCACCCGAAGCUUCUGUCCAAUCUUCGUCUACGUUUAUGUCCAUGUCACCCACGAUUGCUGCACGAUUGUCAUUCCAGACCCUGACGAACUUCAUUCCUCUCCCUUCUCUCCCUUGGUCUCCCCGCACCGCUAGGACUGCUGCAGCCGCAGCCGCAAUGUGCUUUGUGCCCGAGAGCCACAGCAACUCCAACUCAAUAGGUGAUGUGCGGGAGCAUGCUCGGAGUGAUUCAGCUUUCGUAAAUCCGAGCAGUGAUGCCACUCCUCCUUCGCCCAAAGAGAGGACUUAUGUACCAAGGGAGAAACAACUUGAGAAAUUGAGGCUCCGGAUGGAAUCGGAACGUCGCUUGCAAAGUCGAGGUGCUUCCAGUGCCGGUCAGGCAAACACAAGGGAUGGGGUGUCGCGCAUUUGAGCAUCUCGCCUGACCAACUGGUGCUUACCUACGACUCCAUCAUUGUCUUCUGUGCUAUGAAAUUCUAUCGCAUCUUGUCGUGGCUAUCCGUUGUCCUCACAUUUCGCACCCCCUCCCUCCCCUGUUCAAAUAUGUCUUAUAUUCCCCGUCAGUAUCAUUCCCGACUGUGCCAUCGACUGCCUUCGUAUCUAUUGAGCUUGAGGCUCCUUUGGCCAUGAACACUUAACACGGACAGCAUUGUAUGUUCUGCGACGCGUCGCAGUCUGUACCAUUACAUUCAAUGUUUUCCGCGCAGGCUCCGCUCUGAAUUAGUUAUGCCUUGGAUAUGAAUGACCAUGCAAAUUUCAUGUUUUAUCGUUGAUUGUAUUCAUUUAUGCUAACGUUUGGAAGUU